GCUGCCGCUGUUUCGGCGGCGGCGGCCGCCUAGUGUUUUCGCGCUCCUCCCUUUCCUCCUCCUGUUUCUCCUCCUCCUUCGAGUCCCAGUCUGGGCGACCUGCGCUGCUCGCGGGCAUAAAACUAAGACCUAACUUGCUAUCUUGUCUGGAGUCAUAUGGUGACUCUGCAACUUGAUGGAUGACGACAACCCUUUUCCAUCAAAAAAUAAUUCAAAAAUGGCAGAACUCUUUAUGGAAUGUGAAGAAGAAGAGCUGGAACCAUGGCAGAAGAAAGUAGAAGAAAUUCUGGAUGAAGAUGAUGAUGAGCUGAUCUUUGUUGGAGAGAUAUCAAGUUCAAAACCAGCCAUUUCAAAUAUUUUGAACAGAGGUAACCCCAGCUCAUCUUCAAAGGGAAUAAAGAAUGAGACACUUACUCAAGGUGUCACUGAUGCACUCAAGCCUACAAGUCAACACUACAAAGAUCCAGCAUCAUCUCCAGUGGCUGCCUUGCCUAGAUUUCAUCCUGAAUCUAAAUCUUCACAUAACUCUGUUAUUGUUCAGAAUGUGUCUAAACCUGAUUUUACAAAGAAUUUAUCACAAGUUGAAUCGGAUGAUUCUUCAGAUUUGCUGUUUGACUUGACCCAGGAUACAAUUCCCCUGUCCCAGGAGGGAUCAACAAUUUAUAUAGAAGGUAUAGAUGAAACUCUGCCUAUAUUAAAACGUUCUUCUACUUCUAAAGUAAACAGUGUUAAUCCAAAAAAGCCAAAGACCAGUGAAAGUGGUUCUGACCUAAGUCCUUGUGCUUCAUUGUCUUUAACUAACUCUCCUUCGGUGGCAUCUCCCCAUGUUAUGAUAUCAAAAGGUACAAAUACCUCGUCACCUCACUAUAAAACUGGAGCAGCUUUUCUAAGAUCUUGUCCGAGGUGCAAUGUAAAGUUUGAUCUUUUGGAUCCUCUGAAAUAUCACAUGAAGCGUUGUUGUCCAGACAUGGUAAAUAAAUUCUUGGAAAUGAUUAAAGCAGAACUUAUACAUACUGAAAAUAAGACUGGUGCAGAAAAAGGAAAAUUAAUAAUGUUAGUUAGUGACUUUUACUAUGGAAAACAUGAAGGGGCUGUUGAUGAAGAACAGAAGACUUAUACAACCUUUAAAUGCUUCAGUUGCUUGAAAGUUCUUAAAAAUAACAUUAGGUUUAUGAACCACAUGAAGCAUCAUUUGGAACUUGAGAAGCAGAACAGUGAGAGUUGGGAAAACCACACCACCUGCCAGCACUGCUACCGUCAGUACCCAACACCAUUCCAGUUGCAGUGUCACAUUGAGAGUACACACACUCCGCAUGAGUUUUCUACUAUUUGCAAAAUCUGUGAAUUAUCAUUUGAAAACGAACAUGCUCUUUUGCAACAUAUGAAGGACACUCAUAAACCUGGUGAAAUGCCAUAUAUUUGCCAGGUUUGCCAGUUUAGAUCUUCAAUAUUUUCUGAUGUAGAGAAUCAUUUUAGAGCAUCUCAUGAAAACACUAAGAACUUGCUGUGUCCAUUUUGCCUCAAAGUUAGUAGAAUGGCAACUCCCUACAUGAAUCAUUACAUGAAGCAUCAGAAAAAAGGAGUUCAUCGUUGUACAAAGUGCAGACUACAAUUUUUGACCUGCAAAGAGAAACUGGAUCACAAGACCCAGCAUCGGACAUUUAUAAAGCCUAAAGAGUUAGAAGGAUUGCCUCCUGGUACAAAAGUUACUAUUCGAGCCUCAGUUGGACCUCUUUAUUCAAAACCAGUAACUACAUCUCCCAGUAGCAGUGUUCCAAGCACUUCUUCUUUGCAAAUCACACCUCCAAGGUCUAAAAGUACAUCUGCUAAAAAUAUAAAAUCUACCACAAGUAAAUCUAAGACAAGUAAGCCUCAUGCAGGUGUACCCCGUGCAAAUAAACCUCAUGCCAAAAGGCAGGGUAGAGGUACAUCUAAAUACAAGACCAGAAAAACCUCUUCUAAACAAAAGAGACAACGCAACAGAAAGAAUAAAAUCAGCAUAGCUUUGAAGAACUUAAGGUGCCGUCGGGGAAUUCACAAGUGCAUUGAGUGUCAUUCCAAAAUAAAAGAUUUUGCAAGCCACUUUUCAAUAUAUAUCCACUGCAAUUUUUGCAAAUACAACACUAAUUGCAACAAAGCCUUUAUAAAUCAUAUGGUGAGCUCUCAUAGCAACAAUCCAAGUAAACGGUUUUAUAUCUUUAAGAAGCAUUCUGGAAUUCUCAGGGGCAUUACUCUGGUGUGCCUUAAAUGUGACUUCCUAACUGAUUCUUCUGGCUUAGAUCGUAUGGCUAAACACCUAAGUCAACGUAAAACUCAUACUUGCCAAGUUGUAAUAGAGAAUGUUCCUGAAAGUACCUCAACUUCUGAACCCUUGUCUGACGCUUGUUGAAAUAGAUUCCUGCUCUAUGGAGCUCGUGCAACCUGGUGCAAGACAAGUUGGAAUUUCCUAAGUUCAAAGUUCUGAAGUGUUUUCUUACACAAAGGCAGUUUCCUAAGUUCAAACUUCUGAAGUGUUUUCUCACAUGAAGGCGGUUAAGCAGUUCAUGACACUAGUUCUGAUUCAGCUCUUUUCAGCUUUCAGAUGGCACUAGAUUCUUAUUCCACCUUAUCUUUGUGUCAGGUUAACAUAUCUUAACAUAAGCUUUUUUCUCCAGUUGGCUCUCUCCAAAAAUAACUUUUGUUGCCAUGGUCGUUUUUGCUUUGCUUAAAAUAAUUUGUGUUUUUCUCUGCUGUACUUGCCUUCAGAAUAUUGCAUUCCAAAUGAUAUGGCUAUUCAUUUUCUUUGUCUGUUUUGUCUGGUUUCUUAGUUAAUUUCUUAUAAGUCUUACAUUUUUAGGUCAGAUAGCUGUCCUUUUCUUCUUUUACUGUCUGUCAUUGUUCUAUUUUUCAUAUUUUUCAGAUGCAGAAGCAAC